AUGGAUGACUCUGACUCUCACACAUCUGGGGGGAGCCUGUACGAGACGCUGGGUUUGGUGGAGAAUGCAACUUUUGACGAAGUGAAAUCAGCUUUUAGAAAACUUGCACUCAAGUACCAUCCUGACAAGAGCGGUGGGGACCCGGAGUCUGCAGAAAAGUUCAAGGAAAUUGAUCAGGCCUAUAAAACCCUCCAGGAGAAGGAGAUGCUGAAGAAUAAAAUGGAAGUUGCAGUCAUGCAUUACACCGACAAAAUGAGCCGAUUGACUGGAGGGUAUUUGAUCAGGAAGCAGGAACUGAUCGAUGGCGAUGAAAGACUUCGAAAGGAAGCUGUUGAUGCCUUAUGUAGGAUGGAAGUGCGGUGGCUGCAACUAUUAGAAAAAUACAUCGACGACUUGGAAAACCUUCUGGAGGCCCAGUAUGAGGUCUAUGUGCAGAAACGGGACGAAGGCGAGAGAGCAGCAGCGAUAAAGCUAGAAAACGCCCUGAUCUCAGCUGCGAGUGAGUAUGACACCCAGUUGAGCCAAUUGUGCCAAGAAGCUGAAAUCAGUGAGGAGGAGCUGAUGAAGAGAGAGAAAGUAUUUUAUAAGCAGGCACUCGUGUGUUUCUUAGAAGAAGGAGCACACUGCCCAUAUCUAGCAAGGGAAUAUAAGAAAGAGCUGAAAAAGAGUUUGGACGAAAAGUACGAAUUGCUGACGAAACAUACGAAAGAACAUAUUAAGUCCGCGGAUGCCCUCCAGAGAAAGAACAACGACCAGCAUUCCAAAAAUAACAAGAGCGAGAAAGGGAACAAUGAGGAUGAUGUACAGGUACGGACGGAAAAGGGAAAGUCACGCAAACGCCGUGCUCCACAACCACCGACCCAGAAACAAAGCACUGUCAUCCCUCAAUCAACUCCAUCGCCUCCUCAGACGCCCCCCAUUCUUCGAUCAGCUGAAAAAAUGAAGGAGAAGUGUCGAGUCGUGUAUUCAUAUGACGCUCAGAGUCCCAAUGAACUCACAAUUUGUGAAGGGGAUAUCGUGACUUUAUUGGAAAUGGAUGACUCAGGCUGGUGGUACGGAGAACUCCAAGGUCGUUUGGGAUUCUUCCCUGGCAAUUACGUUCAAAUCAUCUUCGACUCGGACCAGCUUUCACAGGAAGGUGAUGUUGGAGAAAGCAACAUAGAUUUGGUGAAUAGAGCCCGUGAUGCAUUAAAUGAAUACAUUUUGCAUACUAUUGUGAAAGACUUGCUGAAAGAAGAAGUCAUCUUCGCAGAUGAAGAAUGGGAAAGACUCAAAGAAGUUCUGGAUUUUGCCGAUGACACCAUGCUAAAAACAUCAGUGUGGAAAGAGUUAAGAAAAACUGUAGCAAAAUACCUUACAGAAAUGAGAAUGAAGGAUGACAUUAAUUCCUAUGUGAAAGAGAUUCUCAAGGCAUUCCUCAGAACUGCCCUAGACGAUGUUCAUCACAAGCUUUUGCUGGAAAAUGAAACUGAAGAGAUCAGCGAAGAUAACAGUAAAAAGAGCGACGAAGAAAACAACGAAGAAGGGAACAUGGAAUUGCUGUCGGAGGCGUGGUGCCAGAUGGUGAUGUCAUUAAAUAUCUCUUCCAAGUUCCUCAAAGCUGAAAAUGUUGGUUCAAAGGCAGGUUAUUCCAACCUCCUCAAACCCAAGAUGAAAUCACCUAUCUGCCUGGCGAUAGACGAAAACAAAAUGCGGGUGACGACAGAUAAGUUCCUGGACAUAUUCAAGACCUCCUCCGCCCUUCUUUUCCUGGGAGGCUGUUUUCCCUUUACUGGGGUUUUCCACUCGGAGCUCCAGUUCCAGCUCGUGUCUUUCCCAGCCUUCUAUUCCUUCGGAUUUCUUGUUUAUAUGACCGCUGUCCUCAUUUCCACACUGGAAGAUGCUUCGCUUCUUGUUCGAAGCGCGCCGCUCUCUCGAGGAAGUGGUCACCACGUUUCAAUUCACGGUCGCCAUCACCUACGCCUGGGUUGUUAUUGCCUUCUUUCUGGACUCGGGUCCUCGAAUCGAGACAAUCCUCGCAAAGGUGGACGGCAUUCCGAGGAAACCGCGGAAACGGCUUGGGGAGUUCACUCCGGGGAACUGAAUUGCGGACUCUCAGCGCUUCGAUCCGAUCACCCGGAUUCCCCUGGGAUCCGGGAAUUCAUGAUUGUUGUGAGGGACACCCCCCUGAAGAUCUCCGCUGCGGGGUUCAUCCGUCUCCCUCGACCUCUUUUCCACUCGGUGACGUUCAUGAUCGAAAUUGUCUUCAUUGUUCAUGACGUUCGGGACUUCAAACGAAACCGUCGCAACCCCUUCUACUCCAUGCCCAAGCUGCUAAGAAACGAAGGAAUAAAAGAUGAACAACAUCUGUCUGUAUCAUUCGGCCGCAGCAUUCGCCAACGCCUGCUACGAGGAUCAUGCGAGGCGCUUCGUUCAGCUGCACUUUAUUGUUUUCGGCCGUUAUCGUCCAUGUGA